AUGCGGUCGAUGCUGAAGAAGCGCGAUCGGAUGGUGGUGGCAGCCAGAAGGGCAGAUCGAAUGAUGGCGGCGGCUAUGGUGGCCGGACACGGUCACCUGGGCCUUGGCGCCCCCCGCGGUCGCGGUGGUAAUUUCGGAGGAAAUCGCGGCGGCUUCGGUCGUUGCGGAGGAAACGGUCGAGGUGGAUUUAGUGGUCGCGGGGGCUUCGCUGGUCGGCAAAACUCUGAUUCAGUAUUUUCCGGCGAUAUUACUGAGCACAUUCAGAUCAACGAAGCCGGUUCGAGAAUAUGGAAGAAGUUUCGGCUGCAUUCAAAGUGUUAUUUCGUAAAGAACCGCAAAGGAUCUACCCAACAUCAGUGCGGCGAAGUUUACUGCAAGAACUGCAAACAUCAUGAUCUACCUGAAUCCCAUGAAUGUUUUAUGAAACCCCGAAAAGUGACGGAUGAAGAGCUGGAGGAACACAAGAAUGCCAAGUUUUUAUACUUUGAUCUGGAGACGUGUGUGGCGGAAAACAAAGAGCUGGUCCCUAACCUUGCGGUGGUACAGGACGAUGAUGGCCACGAAUGGGUUUUCCCUGAGGACGGCGUGCCAUUGGGAAAUGAUAUUACUGAUUCCUUGUGCGCAUUUCUGUUCCACGAAAGACACCGAGACUUCUACAUUAUCGCUCACAAUUUUAAGGCUUUUGACGGUUACUUCAUUUUGAACUGGCUGCUGAAGAACGGGAUCACUCCAAAUGUUAUUAUGAAUGGCGGAAAGCUGAUGCAACUGGAUGUGACAGAGUAUAACAUACGUUUCCGUGAUAGCAUCAACUAUAAUCCGCAAAGCCUAGCCAAAUGGCCGGCGACCUUCGGUAUACCCAAUAUUGGAAAAGGAACUUUUCCACAUAAGUUCAACCGGAAAGAAAACUGGGACAUGGUCACGCCUUUUCCUGAUCCCGAAGAGUAUGGAUUUUCCGCAGUGAACAGGAAAUCCAGAGCAUCAUUUAUACAGUGGUAUGACGUUGAAUCCAAAGAAAAAAAUCACGUUUUCGAUUUUCGAAAAGAGAUUGUGGAUUACUGCCGGAUGGAUGUGACGGUCCUGCGACUGUGCUGCCAGCAAUUCCGUCGACUAUUCCAAGAAAUCAGCAACGGAUUGUGUCCUUUUGUAUCGGCAAUGACCAUUGCGGGAGUGUGCAAUCGAUUCUGGAAAUCCUUUAUCUUGAAACCUGAGCAAAUCGGAUUACUUCCUCAACGCGUUCAUGCCAAGAACCGCAAUCAGUCGGAAAUCGCCAAAAAAUGGCUGGCUUGGAUGGAAUCGCAGGAAGACUAUGAAAUUGAAUCUGUAUUAACUGGAGCAGAACAUCAAAUUGGACCGUACUUUGUUGACGGAUUCCGCCCGGAUAUUAAUCACGUCUACGAAUUCUACGGCUGCUGGUACCAUGGAUGCCCUCGAUGUCAUGCUGGAGAUACUAUACAUCCGCUGCGUAAUUUACCAAUGUCGGAAAAUUAUAACGAAACAUUGGAGCGGGAAAAGUACAUCCGGAACCAAGGGUAUGGAUUAACCGUCAUCUGGGAGCAUGAGUAUCACGACCAAGUAAAGGCGGAUCCCGAAAUGAGAGCAUUUGUCCAGGGACUGUCAUUUAUCGCACCUUUAAACCCUCGUGAUGCUUUUUACGGUGGUCGGACCAACGCCGUCAAGCUAUUCCAUGAAGUGAGCGGUGACGAAAAGAUUAAUUAUUUUGACGUCAACAGCGAGUAUCUUUGCGUCAACAAAAACAAACGGUACCCAAUCGGCCAUCCCACCAUCAUAACUAAAGACUUUGGGGAUAUUCGCAACUACUUUGGAGUAGUGCAAUGCCGAAUCCUACGGCCUGGAAACCUACAACUUCCCGUGCUUCCCCACCGCUCGGGUGGAAAGUUAACGUUUCCUUUGAGCCGCACAUGUGUGGACAACUAUCAAAACGAUCAGUGUGAGCACACGGACGAAGAGCGCGCUUUAACGGGCACGUGGUGCACUCCGGAAAUUAUUGCUGCUCUGGACCGUGGCUACGUUGUUGUCAAGAUCUAUGAAGUGUGGCAUUUCGACCAACAUGAUGACCACCUUUUCGAGGAAUAUAUCAACAAGUUUUUAAAAAUUAAGACGGAAGCCAGUGGAUGGCCGCCGCACGUCCAAACCGAGGAGGAGAAGCACUAA